AGAACGCCAGGACGCGUCAUAAUGGAAGUCAAACAGAUACGUUCACGUUCUAAAUCCUGUCAUGACGACAUCUCAAAAUUCGAAUAAAUCACCACUUUAAAAAGUUAGUUUUAAAGCCACACCUCUAUCCACGGCUCUGUUGUAAACGUAUGUGGAUUUUAACAUCUGUGUGGCAGUAAAAGUGCAGUGGGGGACGCAGUGUGCUCAUCUCGCAGACUUUGCCCUAGAGCGUUAGUAUAAAGAGAGUUAUUGGAACACGGCCCGUUAUUCGCAUCAGCUUAAGGUGGACAGACACUCAUUAGUUCACGAGCUUUUCCCACUGACGACAGCAUCCGCACAGGACUGAGCACUGAAGGAAACAUCUGUCUGAAGACUAAAGCUUGGAGAUGGAGGACUUUAAUCACAGAGUUAACACUUAUAUUGACUCUUGGAUGGGACCCAGGGAUCCUCGGGUUAGAGGAUGGCUUCUACUGGACAACUACAUCCCUACUGUGGCCUUCACCGUCAUGUAUCUCCUGAUUGUGUGGAUGGGACCAAAAUACAUGAAGAAUAGACAGCCCUACUCCUGCAGAGCACUGCUAGUGCCGUAUAACCUCGGCCUGACGCUUCUGUCUCUCUACAUGUUCUAUGAGCUGGUAAUGUCAGCGUAUCAAGGUGGAUACAACUUCUUCUGCCAGAACACCCACAGCGGAGGAGAGGCCGACAACAGGAUGAUGAACGUACUUUGGUGGUAUUACUUCUCCAAACUCAUUGAGUUUAUGGACACGUUCUUCUUCAUUCUGAGGAAGAACAACCACCAGAUCAGCUUCCUGCACGUGUACCAUCACGCCAGCAUGCUCAACAUCUGGUGGUUCGUCAUGAACUGGGUGCCGUGUGGCCACUCCUACUUCGGCGCCACGUUUAACAGCUUCAUCCAUGUGCUGAUGUACUCGUACUAUGGCCUCUCCGCUGUCCCCGCCAUCAGACCGUAUCUGUGGUGGAAGAAGUACAUCACUCAAGGGCAGCUGGUCCAGUUUGUCCUGACCAUGUUCCAGACGUCUUGUGCUGUGGUUUGGCCAUGUGGUUUCCCAAUGGGCUGGCUGUAUUUCCAGAUCUCUUACAUGAUCACUCUCAUCUUACUCUUCACAAACUUCUACAUAAAGACCUAUAAGAGACAUGCGGGAUCUCGUAAGACCGAUUGCUCGAACGGAUCAAUAAACGGUCACACUAAUGGGGUGACAUCCAAUGAGAAGGUGAAAAACAGGAAACCGCGCACAGAUUGACGACACUAGGUCCACUCACAGUCCUGUUAUUAAUAUCAGUCUAUCCACUUACCACGCCACAGCCAUUUCAUCUUUAAGAGACUCCUGACAUUUUUGCGCACUGCAACCUCAUGUUAUUCAUAUUGAAUCCGGAAAUGAAGAAAAGCGAGCUUCGGUUAGUGUACUUAAGUAUUUGUUGUUUUUCAUAUGAAAUACAAAGAUGGCUAACGUUAAUAAUGUACUAAUUUGCACUGUUGCACACUAAGCUUGUUUGUAGACAUGAAGAAGAAUUUAUUAGAAGAAUCUGACGAGUAUACAGGAGAAUGUCACACUUACGAGCUGAAUUAAACACAGUAGUAGCUUAUACAGUGUUUAUUUAUAGCACAGGCAUAUAAUCUUGCAAUCAAUAGAAGAUAGUAUUUCAAAGUCAUAAGAGAAAUACGGAAAAAAUGGAAGCUAUGUAGUUUUAUGGACCAAUCGAGCGAGUUUAGUGAAUUAAUGAAUGUUUACAAAAGAAAACGGACUGUUUAUUUCAUGUUAACAUUGAUUUAGAAUAAUUUGUUGUAGUGAAAUAUCAUGGUGCAUAGAUACUCUACAGUUUAAGUGAUAUAUAACUGCUUUUUGAAUUACGGCAAUGAGAAUAAGGUUUUACUUUUCCACCCAAAUGUACUAAGAUUUCAUUAAUGGUAAUGUUACAAACUUUAAUAGUUAAAAAAAGCUUUGGUGGCGAGAUAUGAGCCAGGGUUUAGUAUUUUCUCAAAUAGCCCUGUGCAUGCAUUGAUAACUUGUAAAAAGUGAAUAGCUUGUUUUUUUUAGUGUCAAAAAUGUCACAACAAAUCCAGCACAUCCCUUUCACUUUAACAAAACCAUGACCAAUGGCUUACACUGUAACUACAAAGCACUUUAAUAAUCCUCUAACACCUUCCCUUUCCUUUCUGACACACUGGAAAUGUGUAGCACAGUUCUUUAGACCCAUAAAGAGUCACUUAACACAUAAAACCAGUAUCCAGUGUGUUUCAACAGCUUAACAAACUCAUUCUUUGUGCCAGCAUCCAGAUCUUGUCAAGCGUCACUAAUUUUGCCUGUGUUCGAACAAACGUUUCCCUUAAUCUAUCCUGCGUUAAAGUGUAAUUUACAUGUUAAAUAAUUAAGCAAAGAAUAUUACUACUGUGACACGAAACUAUUCCAGUUCUUAAUACAAUAUGAUAAUCGAGCCAUUCUCUGUUAGUUUUCUGUUUAGGAUAAGUGAUGAUAUCCUGCAUUACUGUAACACCUCCGUGGUAAAUGAUAUAAUGCUGUUAAUUCAUGCUUCCAGUGCAGAAAUAUAGACCCACCACCCAUGCCAUGUACAAGAUAGCAUUUGCUAAUAGUAUCCCAGAAUUAAUACUGGAAUUAUUAAUACAAGAAGUAGGCUGUAAACAUCAGACACAAUAAAGUGAAUUUAUUUGGAAAUAAA